AGUCGUUCGUUGAACGAAACUUGGAACGCAUCAAUGCAACUUUCUUGAUGUUUGUAGGAGGCAAUUCUCGGUAUUUCGCUGCAAGCUAUCCUUUGUAAUAAAGAGUUUUGGUUAUCCUCUGGCACUAAGCUUUGGAGUUGCGACUAUUUCAAGAUACAUAUUUGAAUUUCUGUACAUUUGACAUUUUAUUAAUUUCGCAGACUCUCGUAUCCAGAGCGAUUUACGCGCAAUUAGGGUUAUGUGUAUUGCUCAUGAGCACAUCGACAGAUUUCUCACCUAGUCGGCGAGGGGAUUCCAACCAGCGACCUUUCUGUAUUGUGUUAAUAAUUAGGCCUACCCUACACAAGUUUACGAUAGGCUAAAAUACGUUUAACGUUUAUAUGAAGGCCUAAGGAAUCCACAAAACACAUUUCAAAAUAAAAUGUAACUGUAGUUAAUUGAAAUGGAAAGAAACUAAAAUAAAUACGCCUAUUGGCUAUUCAGAAGCUCCUCUGAUGGUUUAAAUGCGUUUAUUCUAUGAAGAUACACUUCCAUACGCAUCGUUUAGGCUACCCUCGAAUGUGUAGAGAUAUGUAGGAAAGUCGAACAACCUUAGAGUAGGCCUAUCACAGGAAUGUGCAUAGGGUUUCACUCAGGUGUAUUACCAUGCAGGGCGCGUGCGCAUGACAAGAGAACCAGGUGAAUUCAGCAAUAUAGACUUGCGAAUUCUCUCUUUCAUAGCCUUUCCACUGGAAUUAUACCGCGAUCCUCACAGAUGUCUUUACUCGAGAGGCUCGAAUCAGACUGGCGGGAAAGGCACGACGGGAGUAGCAAUGGGAACCCCCGCUUACCUCACCUCCCCGCAGUGAGCCAGCACAUUUACAGCCCGUCGCCGUCCCUCUCCCACUCCGCCAACUCAGACUUCCAACCCCCGUACUUCCCACCUCCAUACCAGCCUAUAUCAUACCCCCAGUCCAGUGACCCCUACUCGCACCUCGGCGACCCUUUCAACAUCAACUCCAUACACCAGUCGUCCUCUAACCAACAGCAGUCAUGGCCGGGGCGACAUGGUCAAGAAGGACUGGGACCUCAUUCGCGAAGCGGACUCGCGAGCCAGAUUCUGGGCCUGGAUGGCGGCUCGUCCGGCUUGAGAAGAGAAGGCUUCCGUCGGCCAGAGCUGUUACCGCCUCACGCCCAUAGCAUUGAGUCAACCAUCAUUGGUGAUAACAUAGGACUGCAUGAAAUGGGCCAUGGCCUGGAUGAUGUUCAACAUGUAGAUGACCACAGUAUUAUAAUGGCAGAUCAGACAGUCAUCAAAAAAGGCCCCUUGUCCCUCCCCAAGGGCAACUCAUUGGGCCUGCCAUUCCAGAAGGAGUCCCUGUUAGGCAUGGUGUCCAACCCCACCGAGGUGUUCUGCUCAGUGCCUGGACGUCUCUCGCUUCUCAGCUCCACCUCCAAGUACAAGGUGACUGUGGCAGAGGUGCAACGGCGUCUGUCUCCUCCCGAAUGCCUCAACGCCUCUUUGCUAGGGGGAGUCCUACGUAGAGCCAAGUCUAAAAAUGGUGGCCGGUCAUUGAGAGAGAAACUGGACAAGAUUGGGCUCAACCUGCCCGCUGGAAGGAGAAAGGCUGCUAACGUCACCCUGUUAACUGCACUGGUAGAAGGAGAAGCCGUUCACUUAGCAAGGGAUUUUGGCUACUCGUGUGAGACAGAGUUCCCGGCAAAGGCCAUCGCUGAAUACCUUGGUCGACCACACGUGGAACGUAAUGAGGUCAACUCCCGCAAGAACAUGCUCCUUGCUGCUAAGCAAAUCUGUAAAGAGUUCACCGAUCUGCUGACUCAGGACCGUUCGCCUCUGGGGAACACGCGGCCGGCGCCCAUCCUGGAUCAGGGCAUCCAGGGCUGCCUGACCCACUUCAGCCUCAUCACCCACGGCUUCGGCUCGCCGGCCAUCUGCGCCGCCAUGACCUCCCUCCAGAACUACCUGAAUGAGGCCCUCAAACAGGUGGACAAAAUGUACCUGAGCUCGGGCAGCGACACGCAGGGCUCCUCCGACAACGGUAGCAAAGCCUCUGACAAAAUGGAGAAGCACAGGAAAUGAGGAAAUACUAUUCUGUUGGACUGUACAGACCCCACUUUCCCCUUUGGACUUCUAUGACAUCCAUAUGUAGAAGCGAAAAUGAUCUGUAUGAUUCCGAUUCUAGAUAUUUUUGUGUAUCCACCCAGUUGAAUUGAACAUUUUACCCCAUUAUGGCCAAUGUUUACAAGUUUAGUUUCUCAAAUAACACUGAUUUUGCCCGGCUACCACCUUUGGGCUGCUUUCAAUGCGAGAUCGACCUACCUUGGUGCCUACUGUAGUAGUGGGUGCUUAAAUUGUGCACAGCCAAAGGGUCUGGACUUAGUUGACAUGGGGUAAGGAACAGAAAGCAGACUUUGUUGUUUCCCUAGAGGACAUCAUUUCAAGAUGGGUUGCUGUGGCUGUGAAUUCUUUUCAGCUUUUUUCCCCUCUUCUGUCUGGAGGCAAAGCCACUGAUUUCCUGUGUCUCUUCCGCGGUGCUCAGUUCCCAUUGGACUUACCAAAGGACACUUUUUUUCUACGGAAGAGAAGAAAAUCCACUUCAUUCGUUUUUUAUUCAUUGCUUGAAUUUUCAAAAUGACUUCAAUGGGUACAGUGUUAUUGUGUUUUUUUCAUGGGAGUUUUUUUAGUAGGUCUGGAAAAAAAGCCUGUUUGUGUGUUUGUCUGUUUUCCCCAGAAACCUUAAAGGCGAUUUGCAAUAGCAGCCAUUCAGUGUUGGAUCAGGGAUGGUUACUCAGUGUUUGAUACCAGAUGGUUACUUGUGGGCUGUGACAAAAGGCAAUGGGCUCUUUGCUACUUUGAACCCUGUCUUUAAGUACUCAUACUGCCCAUUGGUUCCUUUAGUAUUUGUAAACUUUGCAAUGUAAAAGGAAUCAGUCCUGGACCAGAUUAGAUAUCCCUCACCUUCAGUACAAAAACUAUUCAAUAUUGAUGUUAAAUGUAUCCAACCCUUAUAAGACAUUUUCAUCUGAACUGUAUCUCUUUCAGCCAGUACGCCAGAAAGAGUGUAUGUGUUUCAUUGUUUGUGUGUGUGUCUGUAUGCAAAAUGUUUAUAUUUCUUUCGAGAAGUGUUUUUUUUUGUCCGUUACCUUUACCCUGAAUGUAAAUAUUUUCUAAUUGAUGUUGUAAUUUAAUGGGAUAUGUAAAUAAUGGUAUCAUUCUGGUGUAUGGCUUCACUUUUUACAAUGUGUUAAACUUUUCUAAAUGGGUUACUUUUUCUAAUGUAGAGGUUAGGCAGUGGGUAUGAUAUGCUUUUUGAAUAUGUGUAAAACUGUUUUAAAGUCCUAGGAAAAGUAAUAAAAAGACAACCCUGUUAUAA